GAGAAGAACACGGAGCGCCUGGCGAGCAGGGAAGCGCUUGCUCGCGUUUUGGAGAUUUUCUCGCGGUGUUGUCGCAGCGCUGGCUGAUGAUCCGAGCAGCGCGCGCAAGCUUUUGCUAGAUUGAUCCUGGGAGGGAGCUAAGCAGCGGCUGUGAAGAAUUCAGCUCUUUCUUCCCAGAUAUUUGGAGCGCCGGCCGCCGGGAUGAAGUCUUGCGCGGCCAUUUCUCGCGCAGGGGCCGGAUUCUUGCUUAGAUUUCGAGGAAUAGUCGGGAAAUAGUCCGAGAAAGAGCAGGGUUUACGCUUCCUUGGCAGCAAUCGGGCAGCGCGCACAGGGCAAUGUCGAAAUUUCUGGCUGCCGGAUGGCUACAGCCCGAGCAGGACACCGGGUGAUCUUAGAAGCGUGGCGAGGAAGCGAUGAGAGAGCUCCUCUCCUCGUUAGGUUCUCCAAGGAUAGAUAGGCUUUCUUAGCCUAGGGUCUCUUUCUUUUCGAGGGAAUUUGGAGGAUCAGUCCGUCCGAGAGGGAUCUUUGGGCAAUGUCCGAGACGAGGAAGCGGCCGACGCGAGCUUGCACGGCGAGAACGCCCUCGAGGCUAGCUCCAUUGGCUCCCGCGGUAGAGCGGCCACCUCCACAGCUCAAGAAGCAAGACGAUCAGCCGGCCCCGCUCGUCUUCUCCAAUCCACUCUCGUUAGUGCCGGAGCAGAAGGAUCUUCACGAGCUAAGGCGUAUGUGGGAGCUUGCGUCGAUCAUCAACUUCUUCAAUACCUUUCGACCAAUUUUGAAACUGGUAGAGUUCUCGGCCGAGGAACUGGAGACCGCUCUCCUUACGUGCAACGAUCUACUCAUGGACAUCCACACUGCGCUGCUCAAGGGAAUCCACCCUCCUUCUCGGGUUCCUCUAAAUCGCGAUAGCUGGGUCACAGUUCUAUACAAGAAGCUCAAGGACAGGUGGUCGAAGGUAGCCGAGCCUCCAUUCCCUCUUGCGGAAUCCCAUGGGAGCGAGGCUGAAACUUAUAGCGGAUUUGAUCCAUCAACAAGAUUGAUCAUCUUAAGAGCAUUGUGUGAAGUUCGUCUUGACCAAGAUGAUGUUCGGGCGCAUAUGGAAGAGCCUGUGAAGAAGGGAUACUUGUCCCUCUUUCGUAAGGAGCGCGCAGGCUCAAACUUACUUGGAACUACGUACUGGUGCGAAAACAAUCCAAUAUCAGGUUAUAGACUUUACAGAGAUAUACCAACACCCAAGGGAAAGGAGUUCAAAGGACGCACCGCGUCGCCUCCUCCUCCCGGUCAGUGGGAAACAUUGGCAAGCAACUUCGAUGAAUUUCAGUCGGUUGCUGACACGCUUUUGUCUAGCAAGUUCAAGCAAGAAAUCGGUCUAGGAAAAAGACUAAAACAAGACAUCCUACCCGUUUUAGAGGCCGUUGAGAAGAAGAAGGUCAGGGACUUGAAACGAAAACAAAGACAGGCAAAAUUACUGGUGACCACGCUUGAACAUAAUCUAGACAGUGGCCGGGCUAAGCGCGAUCGUAAACCCGUCAACUACACAUUUCCUGAAUAUGAUCGAUCUAUCAACGAGGCAAUCAAAUCUACAAGGAAGCCCGAACGAGCUGCAGAGUUGGCAAAUGGCCAUUCAACUGUAGCAAACGGUCAUGGGAGUCAUCCGGAGAAACGCGUACGCAAAGAACGAGUAAAUGAUGGUGAUCAAACGGGACUUAGCCCCUGUGAUCUCUCGAACAAUCACGCCCCCUUCGAUCCUCGUGAAGACGACAAUUAUCGUGAGCUUUCGGAGGAGCCAGCAACCUCGAAUGAUUCCGCAGCCUCAGACGAUGCUGGAACUUCAUUUCGAAAGAAGAUUAAACCGAGGAGCCGGCAACGACGUAGAUCUCAACGUUACUGUGGUAAAGACUACGUGGACGCUGCUUACACGGAGGAGGAUGAUUUAUAUAGUGAUGACGAGAUUGAGGGAGAAGCCAUUUACGACGACGAUUUUGUACGGCGCAGAGAACGAAAACGGAAAAGAGGUGACACAAGCUCUGUAGAGGACGAGGAAUACAGAGGCGAUGACCAUGAAGACGUAGACGACGACGACGACGACGAUGUAGCAGUUAGUUAUAGCGAGGAAGAGGAGGAGCUGGAACAGCAAGAGGAGAAGCAAGAAUUCUUGGUUAGAUCGAUGCGACGUGCGAGGAGACCAAAACGGGUGGCAGACACUGGCCUGCGGCGAAGCAAACGAGCCACGAGAAGCAAGGUGAACUACAACGCUUAUGAGCACAGUGAAGAGGAGGAAGACGAGGAAGACGAAGAAGAAGAACAAGCUUAUACCGCCAAGAAAGCAGCGGGAGGAAAUGGGGAACUUAAAGCAAGCCCGAGUAGCAUAGACGACGCAGAUUACAGCAUGGAAUCCGCUGGUUCUCUGCACAGCAGUGGUGGAACUUCGGAUACAGGAAACCAAGUUAUAGGAGACGAAGAAACGGGACAAAAACAGGCAGAGGUGGGAGAGGACGGAGAACAAGAUGAUACAAAAGAAGAAGAUAAAGAAGAAGGUGAUGAUGGUGAAGACGAGGAGGAAAACACACAAGGUGGCUGGAGUCACGUAAACGGUGAUGGGGAAGAGGACGAGGAUGAAAGGGGAAAGCAGCUACGGUUCUUUGAUCUAAACGAGUGCGCUCCGGCCGAUUCUCCUCGGGACUGGAUGAAGGGCGGGUUUCUGGAUGGAAGUCAGGAAGCGGAGAUUGGCUAAGAAGGAAACGCUGGACUGGCUGCUCGACCGCUUCUCUAAGAAGGAAAAGCUGGACUGCUCGACCGCUUCUCGAUCGAUUCCGACACAGAUUAUUCAGCAAAAUCGCAUCACUCGGGAUGAUGAGAACGAGUAACCAGUGUGUAUAGCUGGUGUCCUUUUUUUUUUGGCGUUGGAAGGAAAAAGAUUCUAUUUAUUUUCUCACAGCUGCAUUCCUGUCGAACGUAAAGGUAUAGAAGUGUACACAUUUAGGCAUCUUCUCUCUCUUUCUCCAGGCAAGAACAACACUACUAAAUUAUUUUUAAACAUGAGUUUAACACUUCUAUUAA